AUGGAUUCGAGUUGGAAGUAUAAAUUUUACGUGGUGAAGUUGCGGGAAGGGCCUAUCGGGAAUAUCAGUGGUUACGUUUGCAUCCAGCGCUCAUUCAUACUGGAAUCCAAGCCCCAGUGUGUGCAGAUCAAGUAUCCCAUGGAGAACUUUUAUCUUAAGAAGGAACUUGACGAAAGGGAAGAAAACUCCUUGGAACUCUGGCAAGUCUUCGACGCUAAUGUGAUAUACUGCACUGAUUGUUUACUUGAGGCGCAAGCUAAAAUGAUGAUGCUAGAGGGUAGAAGGUUGCAAGAACAACUUGACACGAAAAUUGAGAUGGGGGAGAAAUCACCGGCGCUUGGGACCAAGAACUAUACGGCUGCUGGCAGCGAACAGCUCGCAUUUUCUGUAAAUAAAGGUGCCAGAGAAUGCACAAGAGAACAAACGAAGAGCAGAGUAAUGGAAGAGGCCGAUUCAGGAAACAAGAAUAACGACAUCACCGAACCCGCUCAUAAGAGCACAUGCGCGAGAUGCGACCUACUCGAGGGCAAAUUACAGCAAAUGAGCGCUUUACUAGAGAAGCUAAAGACAAUAAAUGCAGAGUUGAAAAGGGGUUACAUCCAACGGAUGCGAAUGCUAGAGGGUUUAAAUUUGAUCAGCAAUUGCUAUCCCAUCCAGGCCGAGAAGUGCGUGCAACCCGACUCCGAGCUGUUCGCUGAGUUCAAAGCGAAAAAAGCGCACGAAAGGCGAUCCAGCACGCUCCCCGACUCCGGUACUCCGCCGGAAUACGACCCCAAUGACCCGACGUGGACACACCUCCACCGUACGCUGACGUCGAACCUCAUCGAGUUGAUGCCCAACACAGGCGUAUACGUGGAUCGCAAUAAUCUGGUGCAUUGCGAAAAACUGGCGAACAGUAGCAAGACGCUAGUGCGUCUACUGCUACCGGAGGUGUUCAAGGAUGUGGCCCUGAGAACGUGCUCCGUAAAGGGCAAUCGCAAUGUACCCGGCCUGGACUCCAAGGCCACGGAAGCCCUGCUGAAGUACGUCAAACGCCACGCGGAUAGUCACAACUGGCCGUGCAAAGAAUCCGAGCUCAUAACCAGCAUAAGGAAGAGACUGCACGAGGAGCGCCGCAAAUGCAAAGAUAACAAAAAAAAGAAGAUUAAUUUAGAUCAAUCCACUGUACAGCUAAAU